GGACGUCAAGAUGGCAGCUUCCGUAUUGAACACGCUAUGGGGGCGGUUUCCUAGGCUUUUACGGUUCCAAAGUGCUUACGGAGUUCAGGUUCCCUUCCAGACUCUUUGCACCAAAGCCUCCACUGAAAAAGAUUCUUUGCCUUCACUUCCUAUUUCUCCCUAUGAAAAUGAACCCUGGAAAUAUCUGGAAUCAAAAGAAUAUGAGAAUCGCUAUGGUUCUCACCCUGUCUGGGCUGAUUAUCGCCGCAAUCACAAAGGUGGUGUACCCCCACAGUGGACUCGAAAAACAUGUAUUCGUAAGAAUAAAGUUGCUGGAAAUCCUUGCCCCAUCUGCCGGGAUCACAAAUUACACAUUGACUUUAGGGUGCCCCACAUGUUUUUAUAUUCGGGUCUCCUCAGAUACCACAUUCCCCAGGUUGAACCCCGGGACCUUGACUUCAGUACCUCUCAUGGAGCUGUGAGUGCCACGCCACCAGCUCCCACCCUGGUUUCAGGAGAGCCUUGGUAUCCAUGGUACAGCUGGAAGCAGCCACCAGAGAGAGAACUGUCCCGCCUUCGCAGGCUCUAUCAGGGAAAUCUCAAAGAAGAAAGUGGCCCCCCACCUGAAUCAAUGCCUGAAUUGCCUCUCAAACCACAAGCUGAAGCCUCCAAAGAGGACCCUCAGAAUGCACCAUAGGAUUUGUGCACAGGGGAGGUCUGAAGAAUUAGGAGAUAGCUUCUAGUUUUUUGUUUUGUUUUGUUUAGUCAGUCAUGGGCUCUGAACUCUGGGCCUGGAGGCUGUUCCUCAGCUCUUCAGCU